AUGUCGGACUCAAAGAAAUCGGAUGUCGAGGCCGCCGAGCUCGCGCUCAAGGGCAUGGCCCAUUCUGAGCAGCACUACUUCAAUAGUUAUAACCAUCAUGGUAUCCAUGAGGAGAUGUUGAAAGAUGAGGUCCGCACCAGGUCUUACAUGAACGCCAUUGUGCAGAACAAGCACCUUUUUAAGGACAAGGUCGUUCUUGACGUUGGCUGUGGAACUGCCAUCCUUUCCAUGUUUGCUGCCAAGGCUGGUGCCAAGCAUGUUAUUGGUGUUGACAUGUCGACCAUCAUCUUCAAGGCCAGGGAGAUUGUCGACCGCAACGGCCUGACUGAUAAGAUCACCCUGAUCCAGGGCAAGAUGGAGGAGAUCGAGCUUCCCUUCCCCAAGGUCGACAUCAUCAUCUCGGAGUGGAUGGGCUACUUCCUGUUGUACGAGAGCAUGCUUGACACGGUUCUGUACGCACGUGACAGAUACCUGAACAAGGAUGGCUUAAUCUUCCCCGACAAGGCCACCAUCUACGCCUGUGGUAUUGAGGAUGGCGACUACAAGGACGAGAAGAUUGGAUUCUGGGACAACGUCUACGGCUUUGACUACACGCCGCUCAAGGAGACUGCUCUGGCCGAGCCCUUGGUUGAUACUGUCGAAGUGAAGGCUGCUGUGACCGAUCCCGUAGCUAUUCUGGCUCUUGAUCUGUACAAGUGCACAGUAGAGGACCUGGCCUUCGCUGUCCCGUUCAAGCUCACCGCCCGUCGCGACGAUUUUGUCCACGCGCUGGUCGCAUGGUUCGACAUCGACUUCACGGCCUGCCACAAGGCAGUUCGCUUCUCGACUGGUCCCCACACCAAGUACACUCACUGGAAGCAGACGGUGUUCUACCUGAAGGACGUUCUGACUGUCACACAAGGCGAGGAGAUCAACUGCCACCUUGAUGUCAAGCCCAACGAGAGAAACAGACGCGAUUUGGACAUCAAGGUCAAGUACCAGCUGGAGACCCAGGACCCCACAAGACAGGGCCAGGGAGAAGCCGAGUACAAGAUGUGCUAA